AUGUUGAUUAAAGUAAAAACGUUGACCGGUAAAGAGAUUGAAAUAGACAUUGAACCUACUGAUAAAGUUGAAAGAAUUAAAGAGAGAGUGGAGGAAAAAGAAGGUAUACCACCUCAGCAGCAAAGAUUAAUUUUUUCCGGAAAGCAAAUGAACGAUGAAAAGACUGCUCAAGACUAUAAAGUCCAAGGAGGUUCCGUUUUGCAUUUAGUUUUAGCUUUAAGAGGAGGUUAUUCGAAUAUUAUUAGUGCAAUCAAUUAG